UUCCGCACGCCCACCUCCAAGCACCGCCUCCACUUCCCCUCGGCCACGCCCCGCGGCGGCGCCGCCGCGGGCGCCGCCACGGAGCACCCCGUCGAGGUAAUCGGCCGCGUGCGCAACCUGCCUUCCUCCUCCUCCGCCGCCAACGGCGCCUCCGCGCUCGAGACCCCCUCGUCCACCACCCUGCGCGUGCGCGGGGACGCGGGGGGCCACCGCGACUUCAGCCUGGACGGCGUGUCCGUCUCCGAGCACGAAGACCUCGAAUCCUUCUACGCGCGCUUCGUGCGGGCCCGGAUCCGGGGCGUGCGCGCGGGCGCCAAGUGCACCGUCAUGGUCUACGGGCCCACGGGGUCCGGCAAGAGCCACACCAUGUCUGGCUGCGCGCGCCAGCCCGGCAUCGUCUACCGCGCGCUCCGGGACAUACUCGACGGCGGGGGCGGCGUCUCUGGUGGUGAGGGCGGCGAGGGCGAGGAGGAGGAGGCCGGGUUCGGGGUCGGGCUGUUUGUGCAGGUCGCCGUGCUCGAGAUUUACAACGAGGAGAUCUAUGACUUGCUCGUCGGGAGCGGAGCGCCCAACACUCGAGGGAACACGCCCAAGGUGAGGCUAGAAGUAAUGGGGAAGAAAGCCAAGAAUGCAACUUACAUAUCUGGAAAUGAAGCUGGGAAGAUAUCAAGGGAAGUUGCUAAAGUAGAAAAGCGGCGCACUGUCAAGAGCACGCUAUGUAAUGAGAGAAGUUCGCGAAGUCACUGCAUGAUAAUCUUGGAUGUCCCGUCGGUGGGAGGAAGACUGAUGCUGGUAGAUAUGGCUGGCUCAGAGAACAUAGAAGCCGCAGGCCAGACUGGAUUUGAAGCGAAAAUGCAGACGGCAAAGAUCAACCAAGGAAACACAGCUUUGAAACGAGUGGUUGAGUCUAUAGCCAAUGGUGAUUCACACGUUCCAUUUCGAGAUAGCAAGCUCACGAUGCUAUUACAGGAUUCCUUUGAGGAUGACAAAUCAAAGAUUCUGAUGAUUCUGUGUGCGAGUCCUGACCCAAAGGAAUUGCACAAGACAGUUUCUACAUUGGAGUAUGGUGCUAAAGCAAAAUGCAUUAUCCGUGCUGCUCAUGCAUCAACACCAAGGGACAAAAUGAACACUGAAGAGUCAUCUGCAAUGCUCAAUUCAAGGAUUGAGGCAAUGAACCAGUUCAUAUACAAGCUCCAGAAGGAGAACAAGCAAAGAGAGAAAGAGCGCAAUGAGGCCCAGGCUGUUCUUCGACAAAAGGAAGAGGAGCUAGCACAAGUAAGGGCAAAGCUCCGGGUGGUAGAAGGGCAAGGUGCAGCUGCAAAGGAGGAAGAGAUAAACUUGAAGGUCACUGAGAAAACCAAGGUCCUGAAGACCGAGCUCCAGAUGAUGGAAGAGAAAAUGCUUCGGCAGCAGCAAGAGAUCGUUGCUUUGAAGCAAAGGCUGCAGGAGGUUGAGAGCGAAAAGGCGCAUGCUCGGCAGCCUUUACAGCAGGAUGUCAUCGGAGGUAGAUUGUUGGCACGAUUAUCUGAGAUGUCUGCAGGAGGAGAUCCAUCCAUGUCAAUGGCGAUGUCGAUGUCCAUGGAUCUGGACGCGGGAGAUCAGCCAACGGUUUUAGAUGUGAAGGUGAUAAAGGAGGACACUCGCCAGCAGGGCCAGAUAUGGAACCAGACAUCCACAGCAGGCUCUUGCACCAGUGCCGUGCAGCAAGAAGAUGUUGUCAGACUGUCUGGAUUCCCAGAAAAGGCCGUCCUGAGCACUGUCUAUGAGGAGGGAGAUGAAGAAGGUGAAGAGAAGGGCAAUGGCGCUGAAGAGGAAGUGUGCAAGGAAGUUGUGGAAGAGGAGAGCUACAAAAUUGACAGAAUGGAACAGCCUCUUGCAGAACCAGAUAGGACUAACCGUAUUCAGAACAUCUUCAGGCUCUGUGGGAACUACCGUGAGCUUGUCAAGAAGCAGAACGCUGAGUCACCGGUGAAGCAGCAGGUGUUUGGAGACGAGAACAAGCAGCUGGGACAGCAAAUGCUUGAAGAUGAGAACAAUCAGCCAGCAAAGCAAUUGUUCGGUGAUGAGAACAUGGACCCAUCAGCAUGGGCAGCAAUAGAAACCUCCAUGUGUGAUGUCAAAGUUGCUGAUAGCCCAGUAUCAUCGCAACUAUCACCGAUCGUUUGCCAAGUUGUGGACGAGGCCGGCUUGACAGUGCCAGAAGAGCUGAAGUCAUGCACCACACCUGAAGGUAAUAAUCAGAGCAGGCAGAAGGAGCGAGAUGGCCUGCUGGAAGUGUACAUCAAAUGGGAGUCCGGCAAUCUUAUCAAGGGGCUGAAACUUCUGCCGACAGCUUGCCUUUCAGACCUGAGAAAGCUCAUAGAGGCUCACUUCGAAGAAGCCAGCAACAAGCAGCAGCAGCACCACCACCAAUUCACUUUCCUUCUCCUUGGGGAUCCUUCUGGUGCUCCAGUGUCAAGAGAGAACGAGUCGACGGUGCAGAUAAGCAGGCUGCCCAAUUGGAAUAACCAGACCAACAGCUACCUCGCCUGCCUGCGCGCCGUGAAGAAGCCAGCGGCGGAUCAACUCCACCAGAUACCGUUCAGCCCACUGGAAAGCAAGCUCAACUCUGCUCUGAACGACGUGCAGCAGCAGCAGCGUGCCUCCGGCGCCCUCUCUCCUAAGGUCGUCGGCCAGAUGAGCCCCAGCUUCAUCCGUGAGCUCAGAGCUUGA